CAAGAAGCAUCAGUUAACGAACUCUUCUGUCUCGCAAAACAUAUUCAGCUUAGAGCUGCACGAAUUUAAUUGUUACAUAAUCUGUACGUCCUUUUUAAAAAAAAAAAUUCAAAAUGCGUUUUCUCGUGAUAUUGAGUUCGCUUCUCGCCGUCGGUAUCGCCCUUCCCCAAUACAACUACCAAAGCUCAGGAAGUUCUAAUUUUGGAUUACUAGCACCAGCACCAUCAUCCCAAGGUGGCAACAAAUAUCUACCACCUGCAGCAGCAGCACAAGAACCUCUUAUCAGUAAGCAAUUCUACCUGCAUUCAGCACCUGAGGAUAACGAUGGAGCAGGAAAGACCAAACACUUUGUUCUUGGAAGGCCCCAAAAGAACUACCGUGUUGUAUUCAUCAAGGCCCCAGCAUCGUCCACCAACAACGUUCGUUUGUCUGCCGAAUAUGCCCCACAAGAGGAGAAGACUGUCAUCUAUGUUCUCAGCCAAAAGGAGAACGAAUUGGAUGUCAACGAUAUCGCUACUCCAGCACCAACUCAGCCCAGCAAACCAGAAGUCUUCUUCAUCAAGUACAAGACUCCCGAAGAAGCUGCUGUCGCCCAAAAGGAAAUCCAAAGCCAAUACGACAAACUCGGUGGUACCAGCGAAUUCUCCGACCAAGGAACCGCCCCAGUUAGCUCAGUCAUUGGUGCUUUGGAUGGCGCUGCUUCAAAUGGUGGUUAUGACUACAACCAGGGAGGUCAAAGGACACCCGAUGACUCGUACUUGCCCCCCAGUGUCUUCAAGCACUAGAAUGUUGUGUGCAUUUGUUAAUUUGUUAAAUUGUUAAAUCAUCAUUAUAUUGUAGACUCAUUAUAUUGUUUUGUUUGUUGUGUAUUAAUACGUAAAAUUAUAUAAUCUUAGAAAUAAAGCGAAAAAAAAUAUUCCAAAAA